AUGUCGUCUCAAAGCAGUCUAAGCAGCGUUCCGCUACCGAUCCGUCCACCGGGUGAUACGGAUGCCUGGAUCCUGGGAUGUGGUCUCCCUUCGCUCACAGCUGCCGUUCACUUGAUCGAGGAGGCGAAGGUGCCGCCGAACCGAGUACAUAUCCUAGAGACGCUGAGCGUUGCGGGAGGGAGUACGGCUAACGGCGGUGAUGCGGAGAAUGGAUAUGAAUACCGCGCGGGCGCAAUGCCAGCGUUUAAUGAUGUGUGCGUCGAAGACUUAUUGUCGCUGGUACCGUCCAAGUCGCGCGAGGGAAAGACUGCUUUGGACGACAUACUCGAAUAUGAUCAGGCGCACCCGGUGGCAGAGGGAUCUGGGACCCGAUUUCUUACAGAAAAAGGCAAAAAGUUAUGUCGCAUUGCGACGAAGAGUGUUAAUCUGGGACUACGAGAUCGGAUGGAUCUUUUCAUGUUGACAUCAAAGACGGAGAACUCACUGGGACGAUCGCGCAUUCAGGAAUAUUUCAGCGAUGGCUUCUUUCGGAGUAAUUAUUGGUUGACGCUAGCCACAACAUUCGGUUUCCAGCCCUGGCACAGCGCUGCCGAAUUCCAUCGCUACGUCGGUCGAUUCAUGCAUGAUCUCCAUAACCUCAAUUGUCCUCGUCCGCUCGAUCGGGGACACUUCAAUCGACACGAUUCCAUAAUGUCCCCGGUUGCGCGAUUCCUCGAGUCUCGGGGCGUCGACUUUCAGUUCCAUACCACAGUAACAGAUAUCAUCAUGGAACCACGCAAUGAAUGCGGCCGGGUCGCAGCGAUCAAAUGCGUCAAAGACGGACAACCAGAGCACACCAUCACAUUAGGCGGCAAUGACAUCGUCAUCGUCUCGCUCGGAUCCAUCAUGUCCGGUUCAACGACGGGAACUAAUACAAAAUCUCCCUCGCUUGAACUGAUGGAGGUAGAAAAGGACCUCGACGAGAACUGGCUACUAUGGCUGGAGCUCAGCACCAAACACCCAAAGUUCGGGAACGCAUACAACUUUUGCACACGCAUGCAAGAAUCGAGACUUGAGACUUUCACCGUCACUCUGCGAUCUGAUACCUUCUUCAAGCGCUUCAUCGAAAUUACAGGCGACCAACCGGGCAGCGCGUCGUUCGUCACCCUUAAAGAUAGCAGCUGGUUGAUUAGCAUCAGCAUUCCCGAACAGCCUCUUUUCCCGGACCAGCCGUCCAACAUCCAAGUCUUCUGGGGCUAUGCCCUGCAUCCAGACAAGGAAGGAAACUUUAUAAAGAAGCCAAUGGUCAAUUGCUCCGGAGAGGAGAUCAUGACAGAGCUUCUCGGUCACCUCAGGCUUCCUGCCGAUGGGAUUCUUGACGAAAGCAUCACAAUUCCCUGCGUUGUUCCUCGUAUGACGGCUACACUACUCCCGCGAGCCACCGGUGACCGACCGCAUGUAAUACCAGAAGGCAUGACUAAUCUAGGCCUCGUCGGACAGUUUGUUGACAUGGAAGAUGAGGUCGUCGUGACGACUGAUUAUGGCGUCCGGGGUGCGCAGAUGGCGGUUUAUAGCUUGAUGGGGAUGGAUCGGAAAAUGCGAAAGUCGAAGCGAAGCUCAGCCAUCAACCUACUGGGCGUUCCCGCGUGGCAUGCGGCCUCUACGUGGUUUUCCACUAGCAUCAAAAUCAUGCUUGUAGUCCACUUUGAGCGAAUUCUUAAUCUUAGGCGAGGAGUAGGACGCUACAAUACGCCGAGCCACCUAGAGGUCGGUCAAUUUUGUAAACUUCAGUGGAAGCCCUCCACCGCGAACACGAAUGAUCAGGCACAGUCGGCUGGUCUUCAUGUGCAGACUCCUCGGAUGCAAACCCAGCCACUUCCUCCCCACGCCGGCGUGAAUGUUUCGCCCCCGCAGGCAUCGCCCUCGGACAAGACGACGCCGACGAAAACUACCCUCGUCAAGACGCUUCCAACAGUGCGAGACCACACUACGGACCAACUCAACGACGAGGGAGAUGAGUACACCCCCAAAGAAUUCGAUGAACCAGAAAUACGCAAAUGUGUACAAAUAUUUGUCAUCCCCCUUGCGAUGAAGAGAAGCCCAGCGGAGAUAAAACGGUCAGGGUGGUCCCCCAUGGAGGCGCUGAAGUGGAGGAAGGGGGUCCCCCUAUGGACCGGAAGCCGAAGUUUGGCUACGUGGGAGUCCCGAAAGGCGCACGUGCUCGCCCCGUGGGAGCUCCCACUCAACUGCGUGAUCAAGGGAGCGGACAGCGCAGUCCAGGAACACGACAGGAUCUGCCAGGAAAGCCGGAGGCAGAUCUGGUACUCUGACGGCAGCGGCUUUAACGGCCACGUAGGGGGCGCUGCAGUCUCGAAUCGGACCGGGAAGGUCCGCAAGAAAUACCUAGGAGCUGCGGCUGACUCCACUGUGUACGUGGGGGAGCUAGAGGGGGUCAAAAUGGCCCUGAAGUGGGCAGAGGCUGCCCCGAUCACAGUCUUUUCAGAUAGUCAGGCGGCCAUUCGAGCCGUGCAGAACCCUGGCCGACCAUCAGGCCAGUACGUACUACGGGCUAUCUACGAGAGGAUCAGGUCCCUGAGAGACGGGGGCCUGCAGCAGGGAGAUAUGGAGCUGCGCUGGAUCCCGGCGCAUAUCGGUGUAGAAGGGAAUGAACGGGCUGACGAGGCAGCCAAACGAGCCGCGAUAAAGGGGAUUGAAUUAAGCUCAGUAGGGCCAAGGGAGCUGGCCGCUCGGCUAAUCACGAGGCUCGCAGCUGCAGCCAAAACUGACGUCCGCCGGAGAAUCCAGGCGCAGUGGGCGAAGUGGUGGGAGCGACAACAGGUUGGAAAACCUACCAAACGGCUGAUUCCGAAGCCGAAUAAGAAGGUCUUAAGGAUGUACGAGGGCCUGAGCAAGCCCCAGACUUCUAUAAUCAUCCAGAUGCGCACUAUGAGGAUCGGAUUGAGGCAUUUUCUCUUCAAGAUAAAGCAGGUCGACUCCGACCGCUGCGGGUGUGAAUUAGGUUCUCAAACGCCUAAACACGUCCUUAUGGAGUGCUCGCUGCACCUCGCCAGUCGAAGAAUAAUGAUGGAACGUCUCGACUCUAUCGAGGGACUGCGUGGGCGUAUACAGGACUACGACGCAGUCAUGAACCACCCGCAGGCGAUACGCUACCUCGCCGAUUUCAUGCAACGAACAGGCCUCCUACAGCAGUUCCGAUCCGCCACGUUUAACGACGAGAAGGACAAGGAGGUCCCGGAACCCAGCACCCUCCUAGAGGGACUCGAUCUAAACGAGGAAGACGAUGGUUAUAUUGAACACUAA